AUGAUUAUGUGGUUAACGAUGACUUGGUUCUUCUUAACCCAACCGGUUGCAAUCCCGGUUACCGGAUUGAUUCCAGUAUUUGUUCUACCGAUGGCCGGAGUUAUGCCAACUGUUAAGACUUGUAGUUGUUAUUUGACCGAAUAUGUGAUGCUACUUGUAAUAUCUUCGAUGAUAGUAGUGCUGCUUAAUAAUUCUGGCGUCGAUCGACGUAUAUGUCUGAGGCUUGUGUGCUCCGGCGACGCCUGUCAAUAUUCUGGAAAAAGAUUGGUUUUUAAAACUAGUGUAGCUGCUUAUUUCCUAUCGAUGUUCAGUAGCCGACUCAUAGUUACAUCUACUUUGACCCAACUUGUAACGAAUGCCGUGACAAAAUUGGAUGCUAGUCCAAAGGACCCGGAUCUUGACCCCAAUUACAUUACCAUGCGAAACAUAAUAAACAAUGCAAUUCAAACAGCCUCAUCAAUAGGCAGCACUGCAUUUUUUCAUACCGCAAUGGUGACUAUCCUCUUUAGGGGGGCCUUUGUAGAAUUCGCUCCUGCUGAUAAAGAAUAUCCAGAUAUAUUUAACUACCUUCAAUAUUCAGCUUUUGCUUUUCCAUUAUCUUUCGUAAUGUUCCUUCUGAAUGUUAGUUACCAUAUGAUACUUAUGGACUGGGCUUUGGGAAAAAAUAUGCCUGCAGAAAAGAUGGUAGAAUUAAGAUCCAUUUUUCUGAAGAGUCGAAAGGAAAUACCUCGCAGAAUCAGCUUGCAUGAGAGGCUUUCAGUAAUAUUUCUAAUUAUCAUCGUGAUUACUUUCUUCUUUCGUUGGAAUCAAUGGAUAGAUGGAUGGGCUGAAUUCAGAAGAGAUAAAGACUCUCCGGAAAUUCCAAGGUUAAAAGAUACAACUGUCGCAGCUAUAUUUGUUAUUGCUCUGCAUAUUAUACCUAAAGGCUAUGGAUUUGUACAAUUCUUAGAAGCUGAAACGAAAAGUGAACUACCACCUUUAAAAGCAGAAUCAGCUAUACUAUGGUGGAAGUUUGUUGAUAAUAACGUUAACUAUGGAUAUAUCUUCCUUUUUGGAGCUUGUCACGCCAUUGUGAAAGCGGUUAGAGUUACAGGUUUAGAUAAGGAAAUAGCGGAAGGUGCUGGUUCUGCGAUUACUGGAAAGUCAUGGAAUGUCGGAAUAUUUAUAGUUGUAUUAGUCGCAACAAUACUUGCCAAUCUAACAACUUCAGUGGCAGCCUGUGUAAUAUGGAUCCCAUUUGUGUUGUCUUGUUCUGUUGACGCGCCAAUUCCUUGGCCAAGCAAGUUUUAUCUUGCAGCACUGGGUGUAGGAGUAGCAUGUUCAUUUGGAUUCUGUCUACCUUUUCUCUAUACCCCAGCUUACUUUUGCCACAAUACUGGAAAAGUGCCUAUUAAAAAAAUGAUAAAAUACAAUAUCAUGUCUGUACUCAUUUGCAUGCUUUGUUUAUACUUUGCUCUGCUAAUAUGGGCUCCGUAUCUAUUUGACCCAAAUGACUUGGGUGUUGUUGCCGUUGAUGCACCAAUUCAAGCAGGCGCGACAAAAGCAACGACGACCGAAGAGGGCGGUGAAGGCGCUGGCGGCGGUGGCGGCGGCGGCGAAGGCCUUUAA